GGCGUUCCAGGCAGCGGCAAAUCCACGACAGCCAAGGCUGUCAGUCAAUGUAUCAAUACUAUCCGGCGAAGACAGAAUUCUUCAGAGCGAGAUUGGGCUAUUCAUGUCCCCAUGGACGGCUUCCAUUUGACACGCAAGCAGUUGGACGAUCUGCCAAACCCAGAAGAGGCUCACAUGAGAAGGGGUGCCGACUGGACUUUUGAUGCACACGAGUUUGUUGAAGCCAUCCGAGAAAUCAGGCAUGCAGGGUGUGGUCAGUACCCGUCUUUUGAUCAUGCUGUAGGGGACCCUGUUGAGAGGGAUAUCGAAGUAUGCAAGGAGCACAGGAUUGUGUUGAUUGAAGGAAACUAUGUGCUCUUGGAUACGGCGCCGUGGAGGGAUAUCCGCGACUUGGUGGACGAGACUUGGUUUGUGGACUGUGCAGUUGAGGUUGCCAUGCAGAGGGUGCUAAGGAGGCAGACUGGUAAUGGACUUGCUUUGGAGGUAGCCAGGAAUCGUGUAGCCACAAAUGACCUGCCAAAUGCUCUUCAGAUCGCAGAGACCAAAUCCUUGGCAGAUCUGGUGGUUCCAGGCCUGCCGCACCGAGGCUUACACCCAUGA